GCGGGGCUGGGGAGGCGGCCGGGCGGCUCCGCGGGACGGGACGGGACGGGACGGGACGGAGCGGGGGGGCCUGGCGCAGGUCCCAGGCUCUGCCCUGCGCCGUGAUGCUGCAGCACAGACCGAGAUAACGCAGCCCGAGCCCGGCCGUGGAUCCCAGCAAGUGCGGGGAGAGCGCCUGGCCUCGGCCCUCCUGCUGCUGCCGAACCUCGCUGCAACCCACCGAGCCCCACCACAACUUGUGGAGCCCUGCUGCAGCCCACCGAGCCCCACCGCGGCGCCUCGCUGGGGUUGUGAGGACGAAGAGGCCCCGCACAGAGAAGGGGCUGCCAAGAGCCGUGCGUCCAUCCCGCACGGGUGCCUGUCCCGCAGCUCCGGGAGCCCCUCCAGGAUGGAGGAACGGAGGAAGAAGCGGAGCCCCAGGGCCCAGCCGGUGCCUGCCGGGGCCCCACGGCCGCUGCCCGUCAGCAAGAGCGCGUCCUUCGCGCUGCCGCUGCCCGCCCUGCCCUCAGCCCAGCAGCGCGCCAGGCCCCGGCGGGCGAGCAAGGAGAGAGUGCGGGCAGGUGGCACGGGGGCGGCACGGGGGGCUCCGCUGCAGCACAGCUUCCUCACUGAGGUCUCCGACGUGUGCGAGAUGGAGGGGGGGCUGCUCAGCCUCCUCAGCGACUUCCACUCGGGCAAGCUGCAGGCUUUCGGGAAGGAGUGCUCCUUCGAGCAGCUGGAGCAUGUGCGGGAGAUGCAGGAGAAGCUGGCGCGGCUGCACUUUGGCCUCGACGUCUGCGUGGAGGAGCUCCCCGAGGAGCAGAAGAAGGCGGUGGCCGACAGGAACCUGGACCAGCUGCUGGUGCACCUGGAGGAGCUGAGCAGCUCCAUACAGAAGCUGCACCUGGCGGAGAGCCCCGGCCCCGAGGAGGCUGCAGCCUGACCCGGUGCCGUCCUUGCUGCGAGGAGGAGGCUGCUGCGAGGAAGAGGCCCCGUGGGACGGGACGGAGCAGCAGCCACAGCCCCGCACG